CUCAGUGGAUGUCACAUCCUGGCAGAAAGCGGUUGAGUCGAAGUUUAUUAAAAUCAAAAUACAAACCCUUGGAGAAAUAGGGAAAACGCACAGCGGAAUUGCCGCCAAGUAACAAUGUUAAGUAUCUGCUAGAUACAAAUAGCUGCCGAGUGACAAGUGAUUGACAUCCCGUGAGGCAAUCAUCUGAAACCGGAAACUGCCUUCGCGAACGAAUUCAAAAUGCGGUCGAGUGGAGUUUUGGUCCUGCCGCUGCUGCUCCUGCAAUUAAUUUUAAACUGCCGAAAAGCCCAAUCACUGCCCGAUAUCAUCAAGAUCGGCGGUCUCUUCCAUCCCGCCGAUGACCAUCAGGAGCUGGCCUUCCGCCAGGCGGUGGACCGCAUCAACGCCGACCGCUCCAUCCUGCCGCGCUCCAAGCUGGUGGCCCAAAUCGAGCGCAUCUCGCCCUUCGACAGCUUCCAUGCCGGGAAAAGGGUUUGUGGCUUACUGAACAUCGGAGUGGCAGCCAUUUUUGGGCCACAAUCCUCCCACACCGCCAGCCAUGUGCAGAGCAUUUGUGACAACAUGGAGAUUCCCCACUUGGAGAAUCGCUGGGACUACCGGCUGAGACGCGAAAGCUGCCUGGUGAACCUUUAUCCGCAUCCUAAUACGCUUUCCAAGGCUUACGUGGAUAUAGUGCGGCAUUGGGGCUGGAAGACUUUCACCAUUAUCUACGAGAACAAUGACGGCAUCGUGCGACUGCAGGAGCUGCUCAAGGCGCACGGGAUGACGCCCUUUCCCAUUACUGUGCGACAGCUAAGCGACAGCGGGGAUUACCGACCCCUGCUGAAGCAGAUCAAGAACUCGGCAGAGGCGCACAUCGUGCUGGACUGCUCGACGGAGCGGAUCCACGAGGUGCUGAAGCAGGCGCAGCAGAUCGGCAUGAUGAGCGACUACCAUAGCUACCUGGUGACCUCGCUGGAUUUGCACACGGUGAAUCUCGAUGAGUUUCGCUACGGCGGCACUAAUAUCACCGGCUUCCGGCUGAUCAACGAGAAGAUUGUGUCGGACGUGGUGCGCCAGUGGAGCAUCGACGAGAAGGGUCUGCUGCGGUCCGCCAACCUGACCACCGUGCGUUCGGAAACUGCUCUCAUGUACGACGCAGUUCAUCUGUUCGCCAAGGCGCUGCAUGACCUGGACACUUCACAACAGAUCGACAUUCAUCCCAUCAGCUGCGAUGGACAGAGCACCUGGCAGCACGGCUUCAGCCUGAUCAACUACAUGAAGAUCGUCGAGAUGAAGGGCCUGACGAAUGUGAUUAAGUUCGAUCAUCAGGGAUUCCGCACAGACUUCAUGUUGGACAUUGUCGAGCUCACUCCGGCGGGCAUUCGCAAGAUCGGCACCUGGAACUCCACGCUGCCCGAUGGCAUCAACUUUACGCGCACCUUCAGUCAGAAGCAGCAGGAGAUCGAGGCAAAUCUGAAGAACAAGACGCUUGUGGUUACAACCAUAUUGAGUAAUCCGUACUGCAUGCGAAAGGAAUCGGCUAUUCCCCUAAGUGGCAAUGAUCAGUUUGAGGGCUAUGCGGUGGAUCUGAUCCAUGAGAUCUCUAAGUCACUCGGCUUCAACUACAAAAUACAACUAGUGCCCGAUGGCAGCUAUGGAAGUCUCAAUAAAUUGACGGGCGAAUGGAACGGCAUGAUCCGGGAGUUGCUGGAGCAGCGUGCCGAUCUGGCCAUUGCGGAUCUCACCAUCACCUUUGAGCGGGAACAGGCGGUCGACUUCACCACACCCUUCAUGAAUCUGGGAGUAUCCAUAUUGUACCGGAAGCCAAUUAAGCAGCCGCCCAACUUGUUCUCCUUCCUGUCUCCGCUAUCCUUGGACGUAUGGAUCUACAUGGCCACUGCGUACUUGGGUGUCUCAGUGCUGCUCUUCAUCCUGGCAAAAUUCACACCCUAUGAAUGGCCUGCUUAUACGGAUGCUCAUGGCGAAAAGGUGGAGAGUCAGUUCACUCUGCUCAAUUGCAUGUGGUUUGCCAUUGGAUCGCUGAUGCAGCAAGGAUGUGACUUUUUGCCCAAGGCUCUAUCCACUCGCAUGGUGGCCGGCAUUUGGUGGUUCUUCACCCUGAUCAUGAUCUCCUCAUACACUGCAAAUCUGGCUGCCUUUUUGACUGUGGAGCGUAUGGACUCGCCCAUCGAAAGUGCCGAGGAUCUGGCCAAGCAAACGAGGAUCAAAUACGGAGCGUUGAAGGGCGGCAGCACGGCAGCUUUCUUUAGGGACUCAAAGAUCUCCACAUAUCAGCGCAUGUGGUCAUUCAUGGAAUCAGCUCGUCCUUCCGUCUUUACAGCCAGCAAUGGCGAAGGUGUGGAAAGGGUUGCCAAGGGAAAAGGAUCCUAUGCCUUUCUGAUGGAGUCCACCUCCAUUGAGUACGUGACCGAACGCAAUUGCGAGCUGACGCAAGUCGGUGGAAUGCUGGACACCAAGAGCUAUGGCAUAGCCACUCCACCGAAUUCCCCCUAUCGCACUGCCAUCAACAGCGUGAUACUCAAGCUGCAGGAGGAGGGCAAGCUGCACAUCCUGAAAACCAAGUGGUGGAAAGAGAAGCGGGGCGGCGGCAAGUGUCGUGUGGAGACCUCCAAAUCCUCGUCGGCAGCUAAUGAACUGGGACUGGCCAAUGUGGGCGGCGUGUUCGUGGUCCUGAUGGGCGGCAUGGGGGUGGCCUGCGUCAUCGCUGUCUGCGAGUUCGUGUGGAAGUCACGCAAGGUGGCCGUGGAGGAACGCCUCAGCGCGAUACUGAACGAAUGAGAAAAGUCGUAAACCCGGGACGAAUGGGUCUAGGCCACGAAUUGGUCUCGGGAGAUCAACCAGAAAUGAGAGCAGAGCUGGGAAUGUGCAAUUCGAUGGAGCAAAUAUCAAGAUCAAUAGACGAAAUAGUCAAUAUUCGACAUCCCAAUCAUCCCAAAGUUGUGGAGUUUAGUGGAGUGGAGUUUAGCAUACCGGAGCCACCAAUGAAAGUUUGCACCAGUUUGAAGGCGGCGUGGAACCAGAUAUUAAUAUAGAUUCGAGCUACAUAUAUAUACAUAUAUACAUAUGUAUAUAUGUAUGUACACUGAGGCAUAUAUAAUGAAUAUAUAAAUAUAAAUAUAUAUUUAUACAGGUUAUACUCCCUUUCGUAACUUACUCGUAAUAACCAUAUACAUAAACUAUACACUGGAGGAACCACGAACCAACACUUGCAACAAAUCGAAAUCGUAUUGCAUUUAUAUUUGAAAGCAUUUUUGGGAAUUGACCUAUAGUCGUAAUUGUAGCUAAAUUAUUUAUAGACAUGGAUAUAACCCAGACGACAGGAUCAGUGAACUGGUAACCCUAAGAAGCCGGACACAAUUUACACAACCGAAGACGAUAUAUAUUCAACGCAUUUAGCCAGUAGAUCUAACCUAAGUGAGUUGUAAUUCUAUCUUAGAUCCAUGAACGCAACUUUCUCCUGUUUCCCCCCCAAUUACCCAAUCUUCUGACAGUUCCCCUAAGAUAUAAGAUUGUAAAAUGUAAUUACCGCUCAUACAGGCCAAUCUGAGAACAACACUUUCAUAAAAUACUUACAAACACUUACAAUUAAAUAAAACAAGUUAAC